CGGCGCUCCCUGCCUUCCCGCCUCGCCAUGUCGUGCGUGCUGUGCAUCCUCGAAUGGUGCUGCGCGCUCGUCGUCCUGGCGCUGCUCAUCCGGCGCUGGCUGCGCGCCGACGCGGACCUGACGCUGCUCUGGGCGGAGUGGCGCGGCAAGAAGCCCGAGGCGGUGCUGCCCGGGCAGGUUGUCUGGGUGACUGGGGCCUCCAGCGGAAUCGGAGAGGAGCUGGCCUACCAGCUGGCGAAGAUCGGGUCUUUGCUUGCCCUCUCGGCGAGACGGGAGAACGAACUGGAGAGGGUGAAAAAGAAGUGCCUUGAAAUCAGCAGCUUAAGUGACAAGGAUAUUCUUAUUGUGCCGCUUGAUCUGACCAACAGAAGUUCUCAUGGACCUGCAACCAAGAGUGUUCUUCAGCAUUUUGGAAAGAUUGACAUCUUGGUGAACAACGGCGGUCGGUCGCAGCGCUCUCUCUUUGUGGAUACGAGUGUGGAUGUCUACAGCGCCAUCAUGGAACUCAACUACCUGGGCACCGUGUCCUUAACCAAGCACGUCUUGGAUCACAUGAUACAGAGGAGGAGGGGGAAGAUUGUCACCAUGAGCAGCGUGAUGGGCAUCAUGGGAGCCCCCUUGGCCACUGGCUACUGCGCCAGCAAGCAUGCCCUGCAGGGUUUCUUCAACUCUCUCCGGCCUGAGCUCACUGAGUAUCCUGGCAUAAGUGUAAUUAACAUCUGCCCAGGCCCUGUCCAGUCACAGAUCAUCCAAAAUGUCUUUACUGAAGAGGUCUCAAAGGUAAAUAAAAAUGUUGGGGACCAAACCCACAAAAUGUCGACUGAGCGUUGUGUUCGCCUCACCUUGGUCAGCACGGCGAAUGAUGUGAAGGAAGCCUGGAUCAGUGACAAUCCCUACUUGGCCGUCUGCUACCUCUGGCAAUAUGCACCAACCUGGGCAUGGUGGCUCUUAAACCGCAUCGGAAAGAAACGCAUCGAGAAUUUCAAGAGUGGAGUGGAUGCUGAUGUUUCUUACUACAAAAAAAGCUCCUAAGGAGGACCAUAUCCAAAGCUUCACUGCAUCGCUGCCUGGAUAAAGAGGGGAAACGAGGAAGGCCAUUUCAAACACUAACUUCCUUUCCUUCCUUCCUUUUUUAAAUCUACCUUGACAAGAAAUGAUGUUUUUAACAGACUAGGUUUUAACAGCCAAAAGACAAUUCGAUCGACAUUACACACACUCACACCCCUACCUGCCCCUUUCAAGAUUUGCAACAGCCUUUCUCAACCUGAUGUCCUCCAGGUAUUUUGGACUACAUCCCCCAGUAUUCCUAACCACUGGCCAUGCUGGCUGAUGGGAGUUCAAGUCCCAAACAUGGAGAACAUGAGGCUGAGAAAAGUUGGUCCACAAGCUUUCUUCCACUUGGAUAAAGCCCACGUUUUCAAUAAUUCCAACGUACUCCCUUGGAGAAAAUAUUGUGGGAUUGGUCUUUUAGUCCUAUAGAGAAAAACAGAUGGGAAUUCAGCUCCCAGUGAAUUCAAUAUUGCCUCUAAAUGGCACAGCUGUCAGGUGUAUUUCUCCUCCCAACAUUCUUACCACAACAUCAACAGUUGGCUUUUACCAAGUGCUAUUUGGCAUGUUUAACAAAAGCUCUGGUUCUGUCAGCUGAACAGAUGUAUAUUAUUAAAUGCUUUUUUUUCAAGUAUCCUUUUGAUAAUGCAAAUAUGAUACACAAUAGAAGAAGUGAUAAGAGGAGGACUGUUAUAUCAAAAUCAGGGAAAGAGCACGUUUUUAUACUAAUUUGUGGUAACCUGCUUUCUACUUCAGGUCACCUGUCAAAAUGAUCUUUCAGUUUAUGAAAAAAAGCAAAGCACAUGCACCAAUGAGCUUAGUGCCUGCAUCAGGAGUUGUCCUUAGUGCCAACAUCUCCCAUUGUUAGGCUCAGCAUUCCGGUGCUGGAAAGCAAUUCAGAGAUUCCUGACCAAAGACUCUACCUACAGCCAGCAUUAUCUUUGGCAAAGGAGCUUGUGGUGAGACAAGUCCACCCGCAGUCUGGAGCAGAACUUCAGAGCCACGUGUCCAAACCCGAGAGCAAGGCCAUGUGCAGAGGCUCGGAGGAAUACACCGGGUAGCCAAGGGGAGGGUCUGCGGCCUGGAUGGUCAGGUUCCUCAGGAGCAGGGGAUGGGCCUGGAUGCUGUACCGCUCCUCGUCGUCAUUGGUAGCAUAGAGCAGCUCCCAUGACAGAUUUGCCCACUGUCCUCUCACUGCUUCGCCAUUCAGUUUGCCAACUUGCACCAGAAAUUCCUGAAGGGUAAGGACUCUGCUAGUAUAAGCUCCCUGGAAGACAGACAGACAGACAGACAGACAGACAGACAGACAGAGCUUGUGUCUGAGCGCUCUGGGUCCCUGUAGAACAUACCCCAUUUCUACAAAAUUCAGAUUUUCCUCCCUAAGUAGUCUGUGGCAUCAGUCGUGAAUAUUGGCUUGGAUCUAGACAGCUAUACUUCAAGUAGGCCUAUUGAACUGAAUGUGACUUGAUCAAGUGUGGAUCCUACCUGUUGGAGAUAGUGUGGUUAAGUGUUCAUUCAGUUUCUCACAGUUCUGUAUGAUUUAUUUAUCAAUUGUGGCAAGCUUAAUCUAUUAAAAAAGUCAAUCUUGUUAA